CAUUAGCUUGCCUCGAGCCCGCCGUAGGCUCUUCUUCCCUCGCCCCAAUCCUCUCGAGCUAUCGCGAUGGCCUCCCAGAUGACCCAACAAUACGCAUACCGCGCGCAAAAGUCGCUGGGCCUCGUCACUGGAGCGCCGGAUUACGCCCCCGUCGCAAACUUUGAGAUUCCGGACACGGCGGCGCGCACGUUCUGCUAUAGCAGCGACGGCAGACUGUUUGCGUAUGCCCUGCCCAACGUCGUCCGCAUCUUUCAAGCCGAGAAUGCACAGCUGCUGCAAGAGCUCCCUCACCCGAACAUCGUUGAGCUCAACUUCUCCCCCCGCGGCACAUAUCUCUCCACAUGGGAGAGGCCAGCUAAGCUGGAAGACGGCUCGCAGCACAAGAACCAUCGCAUCUUCUCGGUCUCGACUGGCGAGGAGCUCACGUCCUUCUCACAGCGCGCGCAGGAGGGCUGGGACAUGCAGUACACCAUCUCCGAGUCGCACGCCAUCCGUCUCGUCGGGCCCGAGAUCCAGGUCUUCCGCCCGUCUGAGUGGAGUAAGGGGAUCGUCGACAAGCUGCGCGUUGAGGGGGCGACGAGCGUGAGCCUCAGCCCCGGUCUGAACCCGAGCGUCGCUGUCUUUAUCGCUGAAAAGAAGGGCGCGCCCGCGAGCAUCAAGGUCUACUCGCUACUGACGCUGUCGUCCGCGCCGCCGACGUGCCAGAAGAACUUCUUUAAGGCAGACCGCGGCCAAAUCAAGUGGAACGAUCUCGGCACGCAGGUCCUGCUGCUUACGCACACGGACGUCGACAAGACAAACAAGAGCUACUACGGCGAGACGAUGCUGUAUCUUCUCAGCGCCGCCGGCAACUUCGACUGCCGCGUCACGCUCGACAAGGAGGGCCCUAUCCACGACUUUGCGUGGAGUCCGAACUCGAAGGAGUUCGGCGUGGUCUAUGGCUACAUGCCCGCCAAGGCUGUGCUCUUCGACCAGCGUGUGCGCACGUUGCAUGACUUCGGCUCCGCUCCGCAGAACUACAUCUCCUUCAACCCUCAGGGUCGCCUGAUCGCACUUGCCGGCUUUGGCAACCUCGCAGGCAAGAUCAACAUCUUCGACCGCCGCACGCUCACCAAGGUCACGACUAUCGACGCGCCGAACACGAGCGUUUGCCAGUGGUCGCCUGACGGCCGCUUCCUCCUCACGGCGACGCUUUCCCCGCGCCUGCGCGUCGACAACGGAGUCAUGCUCUGGCAUUGCACGGGCCCGCUCAUGCACGUCCAGCGCACCGACGAGCUCUACCAGGCCUCCUGGCGCCCAGCGCGCAUCGAGGACGUCCCGCCCUUCCCCGCGCAGAUCCCUCCUGCGCCGGCUGCCUCGGCGUCCGUAUCGCAGGUCGCCGCCGCGAAGCCAGUGAGCAAGCCCGCAGGUGCUUACCGCCCACCUGGCGCGCGCGGACUCGCCGCACCGAGCAUCUUCAAGCGCGAGGACGAGGGCGGCGCGCCGCGUCUUCCGACGAACGGCACGCACUCCCCUGCUGGUGCGCGCUCGCCCGAGCCGCGCGUGCCUGGGCAGCGGCGCCAUGUACCUGGCGCUCCGCCGCCGCAACACCACAGUCCGAGCCCGGGUCCCGGCGGCGAGGGGAAGAACAAGCGGAAGAACAAGAAGGGGAAGCAGGGCGGCGGGGAGGAUAGCGGGGCUGCCACGCCCGCGGAUGGAGCGGCGACGCCGAAUCGGCGUGGGAGCCCGCGUGGGAGCAUGGAUGGGCGCCCGAGGCCGCAGCGUGGCGCGAACGGGAAGACGAGCGCGAACGGGAAUGGGACCACGAAUGGGGCGGGGACGCCAAGCGGGGCUGCGACGCCCGUGCCGCCAGCCGCGGAGCCGCAGACGCCGGUCGAUGGCUCGCUGGACCCCACGGCGAAGAAGGUCAGGAAUCUGACGAAGAAGCUCAAGGCCAUCGAGGAGCUCAAGGAGAAGGCGAAGCGCGGAGAGCGGCUGGAGGCGACGCAAAUCAAGAAGAUCGAGGGCGAGGGUGCGCUUAAGGCGGAGCUCGCGGGCCUGGGCGUGGCGUGAGGAGCGCGCGCGUCAUAGACGUUGCCCUCGUCGUGCCCUCGCCAUUGGGGUCGUGUAGUGCUUUUGGGUAUGGGGUCCGGGGCGGGAUGUCGGUGGUGCCGCGGGUUCGGCCUGGCGCCUUCCAUGCUGAUCGCGUCGCCCACUCGCGCUGUAUUACUCACUGUCUCGCAUGCUAUAUAUUGUGUGCAGUAUCCUUGGUGACGGUGUCGACACGGCCGCUCCGAGUAGGCAGUCGCAAUCGAGACAAGACUCGGCAUCCGUGGC